UUUCAGAGAAAAAAAACCCAACCGUUUGUUCUCUUUCACAACUCCCUAGCACAAUGGAUUAGUCCGGUUUUUCUUACAAGUAAAAGAAAUUAUUUGAAAUGGCAGAAUCCUUUACUGAUCAAACUAUGGGCUGAAGUAAUUCGCAGAGGUGUGGUUUGGUGUUGACCAUGAAUCGCAGAAAGAAGACACUAGCCUACUUGAUAGGCCUAGCAGUGAUUGUGUACUGUGGUGUGCAGGUGAUGUACAUGAAAGAUGUUUACAGCCCUCUUCAGGUCCUGGCAGAUGCACAUAGUGAAGCUAAGAGGCUGAUGCGCUUCAUUACAGCAUACCACUUCAUGUGUAACAAUACUUUGACAUUAUCUAACACCACUAGUUGGCCUAUCUGUAUUGAACAAGAUGGAGGAAUCAACAUGGAUACAUCAUUGCCAAAAGUUAUAUAUUCCAUAGGGCCUUCAAAUUAUGACUUUGAGGAGGCAAUAGCAAGAAAUAUUUCCUGCAAUGUGUACAUUUUCUCCCAUGAAAAACCUCCACUAGAUUUCUUCAUGACCAAAUCGAACUACACUCACUUCAUUCGAUCUGCAAUUGUGCCAAAUGAUCCAUCUGAUUUUUCACGCAACUCAUAUGAAACACAGACAUUGAAUAAUGCUUUGGCCAUCCUGAAGCAUAAAUCGGUGGAUAUUCUAAAAAUAGAGCAUGUCCUUGACCCUAGUCGUUCCUAUGACUUGCUGUAUUAUCUCAUAAAAGAUGGCAUUAUGAAGAAAGUCAGUCAGGUCUACUUCUCGGUUUUAAUAGAUAAGAUAGAUGACGACUACUUGUAUGCCUGGUACAGAACUCUCUACAAUCUGUUUCAUAAGGCCAACUUUAGGUUGUAUCACACCGCUACAUCAAAUCAACUCUGUCUCCAGGUCACUCUCAUGGAGUCCUGCCUGUACUACAUGUCCUGGAUCAAGUCUCCAAGUCCAAGGGCAUUCAUCAUGUAUCCCCCCGCUGUUGAUGGUACUUAUGAAAAUGAGAUGAAAAGGUUGGAAGGUUAUUUGGACAACAAAAAUUCUCAAUGCAAAGAGGUCAAUCAUGUUAGCAUAUCAGACAAAACCAUUCUAGAUCUCUGUAUGGAUGUCAUGAAACUGCGAAAACCUUGUAAACUUGUCAUCAUCAAGGAGUCAAGAUCCCCCAUUACUGUGCAGUUUAAGGACCAGGUCUCUUGUGAUGUGUUCGUGAUACAGGGGUCAGAGCUGGGCAUGGAAGGGGACGUUACAGUCUUCAGGACCAAUAAUGGAGGAAACUUUGUUACUAAUGUACAGACUCUCUCACUAAAUGAGGCCAUGUUCAGAUAUCUGAAGGCUGAUUCAUACAACUUCCUGUACACCGACAUUGACAAGGAAUUCUGGGAGUUGCUGUCAAUCAUUCUAGAUACUGCAGUCCUUCAGGGUGUGGACCAGAUGAUCUCUGACUUAUCCCUCUGGGAAGAAAUCAGCCAUUUGAACAUUCGGCAACGCUUCAGUGAACUCAAAAGACUGAAUGCAUAUGGACUGGAAUUGCAUCAGUACUUCGAUCUUCAAGAGAGUGAGAGAUUGUAUUUUACUAGUCUGAAGCAUAAGAAGCAGAGACUAAGCUAUAUCAGGAUGACUCAGAGUUUGAAAUUGAAGUGAUCUGUGUAUGUGCAACACUGAGAUUUAUCAUGGGGAAUAUUUAACACAAUUUUAUACCAUUUAUUGAUUCACCAAACAUGGUAUGCAACCAUGUUACAUAUUAAUAAAAAAAUCAUUUGACAAUUAAAAUGCAAAAAAAACAAACUUUUAUUGAAUUUUUCCCUACAUAUCAUAGUUCAUUUUGGAACAAAUGGCAUUUGAGAAAAACAUUAACACCUUAAUUGAAGGAGGUUUCCUUAGAAGAAAUAAUAGAUGUUCAAUUCAAUGUUAACUUAAUUUGAAUUCCAUUUUUUUUUUGCUUAUUCACAUGUGGAAGUUCAUAUAUUUUGCUAUUUCUUUGUGCCCUAACAUUUUGCCAAAAUCUAUUUUAAACAUUUUGUAGGAAUGCAUUUCUUACUAGUGCAGUUGAAAUGUAAUGCUUAUACACAUGAUAGUGUAUGUAUUUUGUAAUUUCUAUUAUUCUGCUCACAUUUUUUAGAAGGGAUUUGGAUACUGUUAUCCAACACAGGUGUCAAAGUAUGCAUGUAACAUAAAUUGUAUGCUAUAUUAAUCCCUUGAUAAACUGUUUAAUAUAGUUUAAUGUGUGCAAUGUAUAUAUACCUGCAUUUUAUUGUCAGUAACAUCUGUUUAUAGAAAGGAUUUAUAAAUUAGUGUCAUUUUGCUAGGAAGAAUUUUAUUCCAUUCAUGAUUGAUCUGUGAAAUAUGGACUAGAUGAAAAAUACUUUGUGUAUUGUUGUCUUAGAUAUUCAUGUUAUAUGUUUCAAUAAUCUUUUAUACAUGUAUUUACAAAAUCAGUGUGGAACCACUUUCCAGAGCAUUCUCAUUUUACGCUUAAGCAUUCUUCCAUUCAUUACUCUCUAGAGUUCAUUUAUACAUAAAUUCAUAGAUAUUGCCUUUUUAUUAUUUUUUUUAAUUUGUGUUUAUUUUUAAGGUCAAGAUCUAGUGAAUGAAAGGUGCCCAUAGAUUUCUCAAAUUUGAGAUACACAUUCUUUUAAUGAUCCUUUACGAAUAUAGCUUGGUAAAAUUAGGUGUAUCCGGACAUAAUUUUAGGGUAAACUCAUCGGAAAAACUGCCCAUUUUCAAUGAAAAAUGAAGAAAGUCUGGUAUAAAAAUGGGACUUCUCUCCAUCUCGGACAAAGGAAAUGUAUCAAUAUUGCCUACAGUCUCUCAGAAAACGGUUUUCAUAUCUUCUUGAUCUCUACUUUAAAAUGAUAUUAAAUGGAAUAAGAGUAUCGGGGUUACAUUUGACAUGAUUUCAAAUUGAAAUCCAUGAAAGUGCUUUAUUUUCUUCAUAAUUCUAUUGAAGCUGUAAAGUACGGGAAAAAUUAAGUUUAAUUCAAUUAUGACAUCAUAAUGAAUCUAGCACCAAGAAGAAAGUCUAAACUCAUUUACUAGAUCUUGACCUUAAGCAAGAGUAGAUAUUUUGAAUUUUUUUUUUUAUAUGCAAUCAACUUUCCACUAGUUAGCCAUAUAUGGACAUUAAUCUUGUUCUCUUCAGCUAGACUAAGGUGAACAUAGUAUAAUAAGCAAAGCAUUCAUUUACUUUGAGAUUUACAGAGAAUAUAUUUGUAUUUAACAAAAUAUAUUUCAAAGGUUGAAAGAUACUAUCUUAGCAUGUUUGCCCAGGGAGAACUUUUGCUUAUUGCAAUAUGACUUUAGCCAUACCACAAAUGAUCGGUGCAGCUACUUCCUUGCUAAAUCUUGUGGCAUAUAGAAUUUUUUUUUCAUUAGACUAACUGUGCCUUUUCAAGUCAUGAAUGUGUACUUUUGUAGAUAAAAUAUCAAAUGUGUUAAUAUAAAAUAAAAAUCAAGAACA